AUGAGCAGAACUGUCGGUAAAAUGAAAGACUUCUACAAGAUUUUCGACCAAAUCUCGUAUCACUGGGACGCCAUUUCCAGCAAUGAUCUUUUGCAACACAGUGCCUAA